AUGACUUCAAAUAGUUCCUAUGUGAAAGAUCUGUGUGGGUGUGGCAGGCAUAGGAACAUGCCCCAUAGCUCCGCCCCCACACAAAGAAACAACACCACAUGGGAACUAAUGAAGAGUCUGCUAUCAGGACUGGAAGAAGAGGAGAGGCAGCAGGACCAUCCUGUAUGGCAAUACUCAGCACAAAUUAAAG